CAAUUGCACUUCGAGCCACUCGUUCUCAAUGUUAUGAGUAACCCCGUGGACGAGAAGAGGCUGCAGGCUUCCAUGCCGGAACCAUUCUCCGAUGAGAUGGAGGCAGUCCAUGGUCGUGUGGAGCAGUUGGCGCAAGGCUUCGGCUUUUCCUGGGAAGUAGCGCGCAGUACGUGGCAAGCCAUCAAGUCUGAACCGGGCGUGGAAGAGCAAACCAUUCAUCGAGACUUCACGGGUCGCGAGAUCGGGCUGGCCUUUUAUCGCGAGCGCUGCGUGCAGGCGACCGUGAUCGUGGCGCUGAUGCCGGAUACGAAGUUUAUCGUGUACCCGGAUCAGUUCGGC